AUGAUGGAGCACUUGUUGGUAAAUUUUAAUAUCGGGAAACUAAAGCGUCCUUCUUAUUUUUAUUCAGUGGUGCUGAUUACAAUUACUUUCUGUCAGUUAAUAAGCGGGAUUUUUUCAAAAUAUUAUGUAAUCAUUACUUAUCAUUACCCUGAUUUAUAAUUUUCCUAAUCUUCUCAGAUCAUCAGUCUAAUCAAAUACUUAGAUAUCAAUAGCGUGAUUUUAGAAAAUCAAAUAAUAAUAUAAAUAUUGUUUUGGUGGUUAUCAACUCAGUGCAUUGUGACAUACACACUUUAUGGAAUAUGCUACUACUAGGUGAAAUAUCAAAACAAGAAGAAUUUGAUAGAUUAGUCAAGUGCUAAAAUAUUAACCUAACUUUUAUUGAUAGAUUAAUGGAUCACAUGUUAACCCUCUUAGCUCGUUUAUUUAAACAUAGUCUACUGUUCAACUAAUAAUAAUUGUCUAAAUAUUGCGAUAGGCACUCAAAUUCAAUAAAUCCUUUCAAGUUGCUUUGUGUUCCUGAGAUUCAUAUCUCAAAAUGUAAUGAUCCUAUUUUUUAUCAAUCAUCAUUCCAUCAAGAAAGAUACCUUAUCUAGUGGAUCUAGGUCUAUAUUGUUAUAUUUGGAACUCUUCAGAAUUUUGUUGAACAUCUAGUUGGCAUUCCCAGGCAUGAGUUAAGAAUUGCAUGUUACAAUUUUAAUUUAUCUUUUUCUAUCAACCUGCAUAGCUUGUUUUCUGUUCAAGAUAAGUGAUUUCAAGUUGUUUAUCGCAAAUCGAAAUGUGAGACAAGUGUUUAAAUUAUUUACAUUCUCCCUAUUUGGCAUAUCCAUAGGUCUAGCAAUAAAUUCAAUUUCCAUUCACUUCAACAUUACAAAAAGCGACAAUUCAAUUACAAUUAGUAUUGUGAGUGUUGGCUUAAUCAUAUGGAUUUUCAACUAAUUUUAUUUCAACCAGUAAAUACAACAUAUUUGUUAACCUGCUUUGGAUGGAGAUCAUUUGAUUCAAAAAAUCUUUAAUUUGAAGUAAAUUGCAAAUUAGAUCCACCUUAAUCAUGAAUUUGGCUAAGCUGAUUCAUUCUAUUUGGGUAUUAUAUUUCAACACUUCUCAAAUCCAUGUCCUUAAGAAAAAAAGGAAAGAUGUUUUUGUAUGAUGAGAAGUCUCUAUGAUCCAAAGAAACAUAAGGACAUCAAAAAUAUUUAGUUUUCAAUGUUGAGACAGAAAACUCUAUAUUUGAAAUAUCUAAUUAAAACUUGGUAUGAAAUUUAUCUAUUUUAUCAUCCUCAAGACGUCAAAAUCAGAAUGAAUUAUGCCGUAUUUCUAUAUUAUCAAAUGAAUAAUCAAAUAUAAUCUCAAAUACAACUGAAAUUAACUCGCACUUACAAAUUGAACCUAUUAUAAGACUAUGACUUAAGUAAAAUAGAACUUUAAUUUAAAAAUGAAAUUAUUGAUAACAAUAGUUUAAGCUAUAAAAAUGAUUCAGAUUUUGAAUAUGUCGUCAAGAUGGAAUAAAUUAUGAAGUCCAUAGAAUAGAAUAUCCUUAACUUUCUUGAAUUUAGCAUCAAAUUUUGGAGACAGGUCAAAUAAAAAGUAAUUUAUGAGUAGGAUCUAUGGAAUUUGAAUGAGUAAAUUAUUAUGACCAUCUAAAAAUCAGAUGAACUGUGGAGUCAAAUAAGCAAGUACAAGAUAAUAAACAGAGAUAAAUAAAUUGUCAAGAACUAUCUAACAAGAAGACCUAAAUGGUAAUUUGUUAAUAAUUGGUAUCAUUUGUAUGUUCUCAAUAAAAAAAUCAAAUAGUCCAUGUUGGAAUAUUGUGAUUCUUAAAAUAUGAUACAACAACCAGUUGAUGAAGAUUCAGGUUCAGACAAUUAAAAUUAAAUUGAUUAAUUAUCCUAUUUCAAACCUUUCAAUUACACAUCAGCAAUCUUCCACACUACUCAAUCUGGACAAAUAGUUAAUGUAAGUGAAUCCACUUAUGACAUUUUUGGAUUUUAACAAUUUAAUAACAUAAGCCAAUUACUGCCAGUAACUAUCAUUAGAAAUCAUUAAAUUGGCGUUGAUCAAUUUGUUUAAACUGGUAAAAGCAAAUCCUUAUACAAGAAGAGAAAGGUUUUAGCCUUAAAUAAUGAAAAGUAUCUCAUACCAUGCAAAAAGUAUUUGAAAUGGCAUGUAAGUCCACUUUCUCAAAUUGAAUAUAUCUGUAUGAUUAGACCAAUUUAUAGACAUUAAAGUGUCAGUUACAUUUUGGUUAAUAGCGACUGGGAGAUUGAUUGUGUAUCAGAAUAAAUUGCAGACCUUCUAUAGCCAGGUUUGUGCUUAUUUUUACUAUGUCCAAAAUUGUUAAAAUAUUCGUAUUAUUCAUAAUUUCUGACUGAAGAAGAUCUUCAAUUGUUUAAAUUAAAAAGAGCUAAAAAUGAUAAUACAAAUCAAGAUUCAAUCGUAGAUGCCAAAUUCACAAAUAAGAAAAUUACCAUUGUUCCAACCAACUACAAAAAUUAGUAUGUUUAGCCAUAGGAGACUUAAGAUCUUGUAAGCAUGGUUUUAGAAGAUGAUUCAAAAAAUGUAGAGGAAAGUCCACUUUGGAUAAAUGAUGCCUUGCAUGAAGAUCAAUAGGAAGAGAAAGAUUAAUUAUUUAGAAGAUUUCAUAAGGUGAUUGAUGAAGAUCAUGUUAAACUAACCUUUCGUUUGCCAAAAAAGAUCUAACCUUUGAUUGAGGAGUAUGCCCAAAUCAAAUAAGAAAUAUUUUUGAAUGGCUUGGAUCAAAUAACAAUCAAAUCAAAUAAAAUUAAAAAUUAGAGAAUUGUAAAAAGAAAUUCUGCCGGUAAACUUAUAUUUGAUAAGAAGAUCCUCUUUUCUAAACUGUUUUAAUAUUAAGAACACUACUAUGAAACCCUAUAUAAUCACUUUAAAACCAGCUUUUAAAAGUAUUGCAUGACUAGCAGAAUGUUAAAGACGGUUAUUAAGAUUGAAGCCUCAAUACGAUUCACUAAAAAUACAAUCAUGGACAAAUAUCAAAUAAUCAAAAUUACUAAUCUAAAUAUUAUAGAAAGCUAAGCCUUAGACAGAAAAUCAAAAGCUGUUAAGUUGCUCAAUAGAUAAAAUUAAGUAGUCCGAUAAAGACAGACUGUCUUUUAGAAUCAUUAAUCAUCGCAUCUUUAGUUAUUCCUAGAAUAAAACUUUUAACAGCAAAUUGAUUAGAAUUACUAAAAGUUGUUACUAUCAAAUGUGUAAAAUUCUGAAGUAGAAUCAUAUCGAAACACCACAAAUAGGGCAUUCAUGUCUGAAGACCAAGUGCUGUCUGAUUUCAAUACUUAAAAAAUAACUACGUUGAGUCUCAAGACGCAAAAUAAUAUUUUUAUUAAAGAAGAAAACAAUAAACCUGCUAAGCGAGAUAUGUAACUCAACUUUUUUAAGAUUCUAAAUAGAAUUUUCAUAGUCUUCUUAAUUAUAUUUAACCUUAUUGUUUUGUAUUAGGGUCCUAAUAUUAAUUAAUUAGAAAUAGAUGAAUUAGGGUUUUAAAGUGCUAAGAAGUAAUAUGAUUUUCUUAAUAUCAUGAUUGAAUCGUAUGACAAGUUGCUUAAUGCAUUUUAUUGUUAAAGUAAUAUCCUAGGUUAAAUUAAAAACUAAUCUGAAUUCUAUCAAGACUUACAAAGCAGUUUCAAUAAUCAGUUAUCUGAAAUAAAAAAUUUAUAUGAAUAGCCAAGUUUUAUAUAAAAAGUCUACAGAUCUAAAAAUUUUGAUAACAACUAAAGUAUGAUUGAUUUAAUAAAUUAAUACACUUCAAAUAUUGGAAAUCUUUAGUCGAUAGAUCAAUACUAUGAUUUUGAUUAAUCGCUAGAUUUCUUUAGAACCAUAUUUAUACCCUUCCUAUUUAAUUAUCAAAGUCGAAACAUAUUUUAAAUAAUUGACAACCUUGCUCUAACAUACGAAACCCAAGAUUAAAUAUGCUUCACUAUAAUAAUGGCAUCAACAGCAAUGUUUGGAUUUUAUUUAAUCUACAACAUUUUCAACAUCCUUGGACUCAUUACACAAUGCUAGAAAGUUGCUAAACAAUUAUCUUGUAUUGAAAAAACAUAAGUGGAAGAAGCAAUAAAAUUCUAUUUAAAUCUAAAAUUUUAGUUUUCUUGCAUCAGCAAUCAAAAUGGUUUCGUAUAAAACAAUUACUUUUAAUCUACCAAUCAAACAAUCAUUCGACAAAUGGAGGAAGAUGAAAAGAGUAGUAAUUUGAAGAGAUAAAAGUAAAAGCAGUAUGAAUGGUCAAAGAGAUGGAAAAGAAUAAAAGUUGUAAUGAUUGUGAGAUAUCUAUUUUUUAUGUCAUUGAUUUCAUUUCUAAGCUACUUCUACUUUAUUCACAUAAUGAGAUUCAAUUUUUAGAUGUCAAAUCUAUUGAAUUCAAAUAUUUUCACUAAGGAAACUACACAAUUGCUAUCAUUAACUUUAUCCAAAGAACUCUUUCUAUAUGAUUUCUUCAAUCAGACUUAUAUAGAUAUCGAACACUAUAAAGAAAUUUAAUUGAGAUACAUUACUAGUAAUGAUGAGACACAAUCUUAAUUAUACGAAACAAAUGUUGAUGAAAUAGAUGAAAUAUUUAAUGGAGAUUUAUGUACCUCUAUAAAUUUAAUUAUUAAUUUCUCAUAUUGUGAUAUAUAUUUGAAUGGGGCAUUAAAAUAUGGAUUAAAAUCCUAUAACUUCUUACUUUCCUAAAUGGCCUAACAAUUAUUAAAUCCUGAGGAGGGGCUCUACGAAAACACGACAGUAGAAAAGAUCUUCGAAUUUGAUCAAGUAUACACAACUUUUAUGAAUUAGGUGAACAAAUUUUAGAGAUUUGGAUAUUAAGAGGCUUGGAAAAUUCUUGGGUUAAGAUACACCUAAUAAAUCGAUGACAGUGCCUAACUAGAAAUAAUAUUCUUAUCGUGUUCUUUUACUUUUACUUUGAUACUAUUCAUAGUCCUAUUUGAAUUAAGCUUUUUUGAUUAGUUGUUACAAAUAAUUUUGGAAGUCCGCUGUUUCUACAAAAGAUACUUUUCAAAUAAUACAAUAGAUCGAUAUAAAAUAAUAAGAGCUCAACUCAUUCAAUGUAAAAUAAUUAAUAAAUGA